UUCGAAACAGAUGAAACAGUAAUCUUCCUCUUUGCAUAUGGUAAUCAUUCCGGACUUGAUUUCGCUUGGGUUCUCGGGCUUGCCUUCGAAAGGUAAGACGAAGAGUUUCUGUUUGGAUUCUAUCGUCGCAUUUGCAUAGCGAUCGUCUUCCGAGGCGCUAGCCUUAGUUCUUGUCAAUCGAAAUGAGACAACGAGCUCUCCAGUCCGGUUUUCUGCCGUUUUUAGCGGUGUUCGUGUUUGGUGUUUGGCAAGUUCAAGGUGAACGUAUUUCCGAAAUAAAAUGUAAAGAAUAUCAAGCAAAAACUUACCUAAAGCAAGCAACAAUAUGGUUGACCCUCAACCCCAGGCCACUGGAGCAUCUGAGUUACAACUGUUCGAAAACCGUGGAAUUAAUAGUCGGAGGAGAAGCUGCAAAGCCCCAUGAAUUUCCACAUCAUGCUAUAAUAGGGUGGCCCCGAGAAGAUGAUUCGGAUGAAUAUGAAUUUCGUUGUGGAGGAACAUUGAUAAGCGAUUGGUUUGUCCUCACGGCUGCUCACUGUUUUAACGAAGAUCGCCAGCCCGAAAUUGUUCGAUUGGGGGAACAUAACCUGGCGGAUGAUGAUAAAUUCCAUGCGGAUUUCCCUAUAGCCGAUAUCAUAUUGCACAAUGAUUACAAUUCUAGUCGAUCCUACUAUGAUAUUGCCCUGAUUAAGCUGGAGCAUAAGGUUAACUUCGUCAAAAGCAUUAGACCGGCUUGUCUUUGGACGGGAACAAGUUUCAACUUCACGAAGGUGGUAGCAACUGGAUUUGGACUAGACAGUUUUGCUGGUGACCCCAACGAUGUGUUGCAAAAAGUCGAACUCGACGUGAUGGAAACGGAGAGAUGUGUUACUCAGUACAGAGGCGAUAGGAAAUUCAAGAGCGGUAUAAUGGACAGCCAAAUUUGCAUCGGUAGCCACCGGAGAAAUAAAGAUACUUGCCAAGGAGACUCCGGCGGUCCGGUACAGGUUGUCACCGAUGAAAAAGGGUGCAUGUAUCACGUUGUGGGGAUUACUUCGACUGGUGGAAACUGCGGUUCUGGGUCAUCGAUCUACACUCGCGUAUCCAGCUUCGUCGACUGGAUAGAAAACCUCGUUUGGAAUUAGUUGGGCAUAUUAAUCCCAUCCCGGUUUCGAGAUGACAUGGUUUUUGAUAAUAAAUAUUUUUUGAA